GUCGCAUGAAACUAAACGCCAAACUGACGUAGACCUAGCCAGCAGUGAAAUGUUUUCCCCUCUUCUUACAGUUUCUACUCUACUGAACCGUGUAAGGGUCAGAGAAGACUUUUAUUUACAAGCUUUAAUAAAAACAAAGGAUAUUUGGGAGUAGUCAUGGCGCUUACCGACGCUGACGUUCAAAAACAGGUAAAAUGGACGCUGUUUUAAUCGUAACGGUGAAGUUUAAACGCAGUUUUGUCAGUGUGUAAAACUUAGUGUAGCUGAACAAAACAAACGAGCUGAACUUCAGUGUAACUUAUCUCUGACUCUGCAUGUACAUUUUUCACAGUUCAAUGCAGAUAAAUACACUAAUGUCACUAUGUGUGUAUAAUUAUGGUUUCCGUUAUUUGUCAUUUGUGGAGUGUAAAUCCACGCGCAAAGUUAAAACCAGUCUUUCAUACGAGCACUCGUUACCUUCUGCUGUUUCAGUCAGGAUUUUAAUAGAAUCAGCAAACAGGUUAAAGUUUAGCAGAAAGCCUCUGUUCCUGCUUCACUUCAUUUCUGCAAAGUCAGCUUCACAAUAACCCAGAAAGUCUCUACAGUGACUUACUAACUGUAGACAAUAAGUAGGCUAUGUAUAAAUGAUGACUUUAAAACAGGUUGUUCAGUAAUAAAUUAAGAUAGUGUAUAACUAUCAUUUUAGUACCUCAGAGAAAAGAAUCUCAAGUUUACUUGAAACUGUCUUAAAAUAGUUAAGAAAAUAGUAAAAGUUUCUUAAAUAACUUUCUCAUACCUCCAAAUGAAAUAAAACUCCCCAUGUGAUUUCAAAUUAAAGCUCCAAUAGGGAACUUUCUGUUUAUGUUGAUAUCCUGUGCACCCUAACUUUCAACCUGCAUAACACAGACCAACACUUGACAAUGAAAGCCGAAUAAAUCAGAUUUUAUCCUAAAGAUAAUGCAAGCCACAACAAAAAUAGCCUUUUCUGAAUGGCUUUUGAGCUUUUUGACACCAUCAAUUGCAGACAUAACAGAGAAUGAUUUGAAUUAGCUGGUUUUUUAACCUUCCGUCAAUCAUCCUGUCUGGCACCUCCCCCUCUAAAUGGUUAUAAUCAACAAAAAUUACUACAGUGUAUCUAUCAGCCUUCUUGCUGAUGGUCUCUUUUAUUGUUGAAGGUCACUAGUAUCAGCUUCAGCAAGUUUCUCAACCAAUGAAAUAUUCCUGACAGUGCCUGUGAUUCGGACUACAAAUGAAAACAUGAUUGUGAGAAACUUUUUAAAAGUAAUGGCUCAGGAUCUCAGGUAGAUGAAGUUGUAUCUUACAAUUUUAAUAAACUUUUAAAGACUGUGAGUCCUGAAAGUUAUCGUACUUUAAUAUUUUAGUAACUAAGAAUCUCAAAUAAAUCAAUGCAUACUGUAUAUUAAACUUCUUUCUUCAGGGAAAGUCAUUUUUAAGUAUCUCAAAACAAUGACUUGGUUGUUUAAAAUUAUGAAAAAUAUCUUGAAGUACAAGUUCAGCUUGGUACCUCAAUUUGUAAAAAUCUUUCAUGGAAAAAUGGACGUAUCAUCCCAAAAUAACAAAUAAAUAAAUUAUCAAAUUGAGCAAAGUUCGACCAUUUUGAGAUAGUUGCCCAUUCUUUGGCUCACAACAAUAUGAUUUUGAGCUCCAUAAUUUGGUAAGUCAUUGUCAGUUUUAUAAACAGUUGUUAUUUACAUUUAAAGAGCAAACGUGAUAAAGCUAAAUGUCGAACCUAUCUCUAACUGGUAAGUGUUGUCUGUUUUGUCCUUUCUCCUGAGUCAGAUAAAGCACAUGAUGGCAUUCAUCGAGCAGGAAGCUAAAGAGAAAGUCGAGGAAAUUGAUGCCAAGGUAAGUGAAGUCCAUCCGUCUGCAGUCUUGUGAUUCUCUGUAGCAUAGACCUGAAAUGAGCUUUGUCAUACAACGCUUCUGUUCGCAGGCUGAGGAGGAGUUCAAUAUCGAGAAAGGCCGCCUGGUGCAGACUCAGAGAGUGAAAAUCAUGGAGUACUAUGAGAAGAAAGAAAAGCAAAUUGAACAGCAUAAGAAAAUGUAAGGAAUGAGCAGUUACAGAGCUUGUGGUGGUGUUAAGGGCAGUUCACAAAACUGUAUAUCCAGUUCACAAAAUUUGAACAGGGCAUAUACGUGCCUGCAAAUCUUUUUUAUCUGUUCAGAUUCUUCCUAAUUUAUCUGCAAAUGAACCUUGAACCAACACAACAGGAUAAAAAAUGUCAUGUGGAACUUGUUGAUUUAUGUCAGUUGUUCCUUUCCAUAACAACAUCCCAACAGGUGCUUUCUGGAGCUCACCUGCUGUAUUGAUUUGCACUGUGUUUAGAUCACUCACUUCAUCCAAAUCAAUAUAUAACUAGGUGCAAUAGUCUUGCAUUGUAUGAAGUUUAUCCAGACUUUACCCUAUAGGGACAGAGAGGUAAGCAGGAGGGAUUUAACUCAGUGGCUGGGCCUUAUAGCAUGCUGCUGUUUGGGUUUGUCUCCCUCCUGUCUGUUGGGGUUGCCUUGUUAAACUUUAACUUUUCUUCACUCUGCCGUCCUUACAGUUGAGUUUAGUGAAGGAUUUGUAGCUAAACAAACUCUCUGGAUCCUGCACUCCACCAAUGUCUGAAAUCAGUGUGUUGGAAUGAAAGGGGAUGCAGACCAGCUGUAGAGAAAAAUGCUGUGUAAAAUGUUCAUGUCUGCAGCAAACUAGAGUCUGACCAGCUCUGCUCUUAGUUAGCUCUUCUUUGUAGUACAAAAUGAAAUCUGCUACAACUUUCAUGAACAUGAAAAAAAGCUAUGGCACGGGAGACCAGUCCUACCCCAGACAUUCUCAGCUGCCAUUGUGGGCAAAUAAUCUUAUUUGUUCAGCUAAAGUUUCUUUUAUAAGUUUAAAUGUGCCUCAGUUUUUCAUGUUCAACCAAAAUGCAGAUCUGAACAGGUGGGAUUAUUCACAUAAUAUACCGACAGCGAUUUAAAAAAUCUGUUUUUAAUCUUCUCACCCACGUAGUAACUCAAUUCAAAGCUAUUUCUCUGCACUUCAUCAACCCUCCUCCACAAACUAUAUUUACUUUGAUUUUCAGCUAUGAAACAUUACCCCACAGCCUUACUGUGAACAGUUACUGCAACUUCCUUAAAACUCCAACUGUCACCACCAAUUUCAGGAAUAAUUUUCUCUCAUGGUUGAUUUUUUUUGAGCUGGACUUUGAGUCAUAGUUUAAGUUAACUAAGUUACACUGGUGUUAGACUAAGUGUCUUCCAACUGUCAGCACUUUGCUGUUAGAAGGCCUGUUUGUUUUUGCACUCUGCACAGACUGUACACACACACAUGCUCUCCUGAGUGCAGGACUCUGAACUAUAAAUCAGGUCUGUAACGUACAAAACAUUUUGACUUUUUCCAAGUUCACCGAUAUACUCUGGGUGAUGAUUCUUUGCUUCUCAAUUUAACUGAGAUUAAUGCUGAACAUUCUUGUGUUGUCACAGGAAUGGCUGCUCAGUCUUCCCUUCAACAGUUGACAUAGUGUGUUUUGAUAACAGACAUCAUGUGCACCAUGGGUUGUGUCAUUAAGCAAUAAAAAAACAAUGAGAGCUAAGCACUUACCCUGAAGUUGCACUUCUAUUCAGCUUGUCUGGCUGUCUGAUUUACAGGGAUAUUCAGGCGUAAAAUUAAUUUAACGACCGCGCGAUAGCAAUACACAGCAGUCUGAGGAGCCACACACAAACCUCAACCAAAAAGCCACUGUAUUGCCACAAAUAAUGCUCAGAACAGCACCUAACAUCAUCAACAGUACAUAUAGGGUCCUAGCCACAGCACUAGCCACCAAACAUCUUUUUAGCUUUGCCUAAUUUCUUUAGCAAAGAGACUAAACACAGCACACCUACUCUCUUCCAGCAGCCGCUUGUUUGUAGCGAGACCUCAGGCCAGUCCAUUACAGACUGCUGCGGGGUGACACAGCUCAAGGAAGAACAUUUAUGAUCAUUACUUCAUGGAAAUGCAAUCAGACCGGGACUCUAAGGCAGAGGAACUACCGCGUCUGCAGUGCAAAAUGAUUAAUAUGAUGAUUAUUACUUCAAGGAAAUGAUAGAGAAAGAUCAUAAAUGUUCUUCCUUGAGCUGUGUCACCCUGCAGCAGCCCAUAUGUCCCUUCAACUUAUGAAGGUUGUAGAGAGUCGGUGUCAAGUUAGUGCAAUAUGAGGCAGCAACUCUGGAUUGUGCGUGAUGCAGACUACAGCUGCAUGUUAGCUGCUGGUAUCCUCUGAUUUGCUCCCACUCCUGAGCUUCAAGUUUGUGGGUUUUGGGUUUGUGGGCACGCGCUCACAGUUUGCACACCUGCACCAAAAAAUAGCUAAAUUAAAUGGUAGAGUAGUGGUCAAUAGCCACGCUUCUGAUCCAUCUUCUCAGCAAAGGGGCUGAGCUGAUCGGCAUCCCCUGUGGGUGAUACAUGUACUAUUGAUAAGGACCUCCUACAACCCCUGUAAACAGAUAGAAUUCCUCUGACUUAUCAAAUUCAAGGUAAAAAGGCGUGUCUACAUUUAUUGUCUGGCACUGGAGUAUCAAUCUUUGCACGAUAAAUAUCACACAGCUCUGUUUGCUGGAGUCACAAAAAAAAAUCUCUUGACUUCAUCCUUGAUAACUAAAUUUCUAGGAUUUGUUGAAUUCAGCCCUAAAUCAUCAAAAGUAAAAAUGUGGGGUCCACUCUGACCUCACACUCUUCAGGUAGCUCAACAAGAUGAUGACUUGUUCAUCGUGUUUGACGUUGUUGGUCGUGCAGAAUAAAUACGCCAAAGCCUCUUCAAACAGUGAGCAUGAAACAACUGUCCUUCUCUCUUCUCCAAACUUUCAUUUAUUCCCCUCCCACUCCUGCAGCCAGAUGUCCAACCUGAUGAACCAGGCGAGGCUGAAGGUGCUGAAAGCCAGAGACGACAUGAUCGCGGUGAGAGAUCAAAUCUCAUACUUUACUCAUAACCACAUGAACAGUUUAAUUUCGCUGAUUCAGGGAUGUCUUACACUUCUCUGAAUGUGUCUGAUUAUGGUAUCUAGAAACAGAAAUAUUUCUGAGACAUAAAUGAACAAACUCAGUCAAACUCACUGUUUCCUCUGUGUGUUCUUCUCUCAGGAUUUAUUGAAUGAGGCUCGACAGAGGCUUGCAGAGAUUGUCAAGGACCCUGCCAGGUACUCUGUCCUGUUGGAGGGCCUGGUGCUUCAGGUAAAAUAUCCAGCUGUUAACACCGAAGAACAAAUAUGACUCGCCACUUGUGAUAUUUGAACUUUUAUGUUUCAGGGAUUUUAUCAGCUGCUAGAACCUAAGGUCACCGUUCGCUGCAGAGAGGAGGAUGUAGAAAUGGUUCAGGUGAGAUGGAGCUGCUCUAUGUUGUGACAAGGAAAGCCCAGAUUAGUGGAAGCGCCUGUUUGUCUUUCGUUCCACUUAUGAUAAUUGUAUGUGUUGUAUUUCACAUUGUUUGUCUUGCUUUAUUUCUUGACAGGCUGCAAUCAGUAAGAACAUCCCAAUCUACAAAGAGGCGGUGAAGAUGAACAUAGCCGUCAAAAUCGACCAGGAGCGAUUUCUCCCAUCAACACUGUAAGAUUAUUGAAUCUAUUUCACAUCAGCAGUUCAGUUUUCUAUAAAUCAUCUCAAAGUUGUGGACUGUUGUUUUUACAGCUGUGGAGGAGUUGAGGUGUAUAAUGAUAAUGGGAAGAUCAAGGUCUCAAACACAUUGGAGAGCAGGCUGGAACUGAUGACACAACAGGUAAAGUAACUGUAAAAAUGAACUCCAAAAUCAUGUUUGAAAUAACCCUGACUAUGAGACAGGGGCUUUGUCUGAUAUUCAGGGUUAGGCAUGUAGAGGACAGCAUCAUCCACUCUAAUGUGUUCUUUGUAGGAACACUGCAGGGAAUCCAGUUUGUCUUUGACCUCAGACCUUAGAAGGCGUAGAAUCAGCUGCUCCAGGGUUUUCAUGAUGUGUGAAGUAAAGACCACUGGACUGUAGUCAUUGAGUUCAGUUAGAAAUUUUGUUUUUGGUACUGGCACAGUACAGGAGGUUUUCCACAGAGCAGGCACCCGCCCCAGCUGCAGACUCAGGUUGAAGAUCCUGUGGAGAGGUUGACACAGUUCAGCAGCACAGCCUUUAAGCAGCCUUGGACACACACCAUCCAGGCCAUUCCUCUCACUGAUUCCUCUCCACACUUACCGGAUGUUGUUGUGUUGUAAAUUCCUCUCUAUCUUCUUUUUGUAUUCCAGCUUUGCCAUCCUCAGUAUCUGCUUUAAUUUAUGUUGCUCUUGUUUGAGCCGUUCUUUGUUAAGGUCUCCUCUUUUUCUGGUUGAGGGAAAAAAUAAACUUGGAUGUAUUCUUUUCAUCAUAUUUUCAGAUUUGAAUUUGAAGUUUUUAAUUUUUAAAACAAAAUUUUGUUUUAAAAAGUAAUUUAUGAGAAAUAGUCUCAGAGAGGGUGGGCUGCAUGUAAUCCAGGUUAUCAUUUUAGGAUUGAUUUGAGGAACUAAAUGCAGCUUCAUCUCUUUAUCUGUAGAGGGCAGCAGAGGCCACUGAGUUUACAAGGUAGAGCAGUCGGAAGUAAAGAGUCUACAGACAACUUUAUGGGUGGUUCUGAUUCAGUUUACACUGUUAAGUAGUACAUUGCUGCUAUACUUGUGUAAAAAAUUUAUCUCCACACAAUUAUACCUUGAAAUUUAAAUCCUUCAUAGUAGGUCAAAGAGUUUGGAGAAAUUAAAUCUAAAUAUAUAUGUCCCAAAUUGAUUUAGCUUCCCUCAGCAAUGAUGCCAGCAAUUACUGUGGUCCAGUUGUCCUGAAAAAAAGAUGUGUGCACAAAGCAAGGAAAAUCAUUCUCUUUGAAGAGAGUCUGAGCUGUUCUCUCUCUUUUUAGUCCAGCACAAACCUUAAUACACAGUAAAGCUAUGUGACGGUAGAUAUGGACAGAAGAACUUUGAAUAGAAGAUAGGAAUAUAAAUGAGUAAGUGUGAAGUGUGACUGUCAGUGGCCAUGUGUGAUAGAUGUCACAUGAAAACACAGGUGAUGGUACAGUUUGUGUUGUUUCCACCCAUCAUUACAGCUCGUGCAAAGGGGCAGUAUGUUAAAGUAGCUAACAAAUAGGCGUCCAUGGUCUCCAAAACGAGUGUGAAAUUUUAGAUAAUGUUUUAGGAAAUACUGAUUUAUCUGAAAAUUUACCUUUGUGAUCAUAACAGAUUGAAAGCUGCAUUUGUAAUGCUUUCCUUUUAAUGUUGCGUGUGUGCUUCUGUGUCCUCACUUCACACCUGACAGAUGAUUCCUGAAAUCAGAGUGAUCUUAUUCGGUGCCAACCCCAACCGCAGGUUCAUGGAUUAACGAUGGCUUUGCAGAGAGGGCAGCGCGUGCUCAGGUGGAGCAUUUAAGGUGACACCAGACCAUCACCAUAGUGAACUAGAGUCUGUAGAACCACCCAGCAACACAUGAGGUUUUGAGGAAACCUGGUUAUCUUCAGGGGGUCUACGGAUGUGUUUUCUAUGAGUUUUUAUUUUUGUAUUAACGGACUGAUAAUAACUCAACAAGUGCACUUUUAUUAUGAUUAAGUGUUCUCUUAUUUUCCCAUUCAAAAGGACUGCUCUAAAUUGUAAGGGCAUUUUUUGUCCCUUAAUCUGUUACAUGUUUUUUCGUUGCUUAAAGGUAAUCAAAGCCACAUGCAUAGGUCACCAAAGAUACAUUUCUCAAUGCACAAGUUUUCAACAUUUUUGAGCCACAAUGUUUAUCGAAAAAUAGGUCAGUGAUCUUGUAUAUUUACCAAUGUUUUUUACAGAUUGUGUGCCAGUGUGUGUCUGCAUGCAUGGGCAGAAAAAGGAUGUUUGCCAUGACAUAUAAAAGCCAAAGAAAUAAAUGAGAGAAAUCCACAUGUAUGAGAUAUCUUUAUUUACAUCUUGUAAACAAGCAGUUUACCUAGGCUAUGUUCACUCUACAAUGAGGAAAAUGUAGUAGCCUAGAUACUCUAUCCACUAGUCGAAAUGUGUUUUGCAUUAAAAAUGUAAAAAAAAAACAACAACACCAACGACAAAACUUUAAUGCCACCCAGUGGACUUAAGAAAUGGCAAACAGUUGGCAAGACAAGCUGCCAUACUCCCUCC